CGUGGUGACUUUACACUAGCCUGCGCCACCGAUCAGACUCUGUCUAGGCUUGGUCUCAAUAAAACAAGGAAGGCUCGUCUCUGCAGCCUGGCUCACCGUCUCAAUAAACAUCAGAGAAACCAAACAAACAACUUCACCACCUCCGCGUCUUACCAACUCCUCGACGCAGUCACAAGUUAUCAAGGAAAUGGCCACCCCCGCGCCCGCCGUGGCCAACGCCGAUGGAUGCAGCGCUGGCGCCGGCGGCGUGAUUAAUGUCGACGGACGCAGCGGCUACUGCGCGGCGACCAGGACAUUCCGCAGCCUGCGGCCACCGGUGCCGCUGCCGCCGGCGGACGUGCCCCUCUCGUUCCCGGCGUUCGCGUUCUCGCUCCUGCCGUCCCCGCUCCCCGCUUACCCGGCUCUCAUCGAUACCGCCACGGGCGAGGCCGUAUCGUUCCCGGCGUUCCUGUCCCAGGUGCGCGCGCUCGCGGGUGCCCUGCGCUCGCGGGUCCGGCUUGGCCGGGGCAACGUCGCGUUCGUGCUCGCGCCGGCGCGGCUGGACGUCCCGGUGCUCUACUUCGCGCUCCUAUCCAUUGGCGCCGUCGUGUCUCCUGCCAACCCGGCACUCACCGCCGCGGAGGUCGCCGUCCUCGUCGCCCUGUCGGGCGCCUCCGUCGCCUUCGCCGUGUGCUCAACCGCUGCCAACCUGCCCGCCGGCCUCGCCACCGUCCUCCUAGAUUCGGAUCGCUUCCGCUCCUUCUUGCACAACGACGAUUACAAAGAGGAAUCAGCGCUGGACACGGUGGUGGUGCGCCAGUCGGAGACGGCGGCCAUCCAGUACUCGUCGGGAACGACCGGGCGGGUGAAAGCCGCGGCGCUGCCGCACCGGAGCUUCAUCGCGAUGGUAGCGGGUUCCCACGCCCUGUUCGAGAAGCCGACGCAGGGUCGCGAGAGGCUGCUGCUGGGGGCGCCGAUGUUCCACUCCAUGGGGUUCUACUUCACAUUGAAGGGGGUGGCAAUGGGCCAGACGACGGUAGUGAUGACCGACGCGGUGGCGCGGCGCGGCGUGAAGGGGAUGAUGGAGGCGGCGGAGCGGUGGGCGGUCGCUGAGAUGACGGCCUCGCCGCCGGUGGUGGUGGGCAUGGCGAAGGCCAGGUGCAACCUGGAGGCGCUACAGCGGGUGAUAUGUGGCGGCGCGCCGCUGUCGAGGGCGGCGGCAGAGAGUUUCCGGCGACGCUUCCCGAAGGUGGACCUCUGCAUGGGCUACGGUUCAACUGAGGCGGGUGGUAUAUCACUGAUGAUCGACCGGGAAGAGUGCUCCCGUCUCGGCUCCGCGGGCCGCGUCUCGGAGAACGCCGAGGUCAAGAUCGUCGACCACGUCAACGGUCAGCCCCUAUCAGUCGGGCAGAAAGGGGAACUAUUGGUGAGAGGGCCUGCCAUCAUGACUGGAUACGUCGGCGACGAUGGGGCAAACUCUACCGCUUUCGAUUCUGAUGGUUGGCUUAAGACAGGAGAUCUUUGCUAUAUUGAUCAGGACGGGUUUCUGUUCGUGGUGGAUAGACUGAAGGAGCUCAUCAAGUAUAAGGGCUAUCAGGUUCCACCUGCAGAGCUGGAGCUUGUCCUUCAAUCUUUGCCUGAAAUUGUCGAUGCUGCGGUUAUGCCGUAUCCUCAUGAAGAGGCAGGGCAAAUACCGAUAGCGCUGGUCGUGAGGCAAUCCGGAAGCAAGGUCACUGAGGCUCAAGUCAUGGACUAUGUAGCGGAGCGGGUCGCACCGUACAAGAAGAUCCGCAAGGUGUUGUUCGUCGACGCCAUACCCAAAUCACCAGCCGGGAAGAUACUGAGAAAGCAGCUGGCGAACUAUGUGCAGUUUGGCUGUGUCUCGAAAUUGUGAUUUGUGAAUAUGAGGCGUUGCUUGCGUGUGAGGGUGUUUGUGCAUGUGCAAAAAUUCUAUGCAAAGAUAUGGAUUCCGGAGAUAUCAAAGACUAGAGUGCUGUAAAAUUCUAUUUGCAAACAGACAAUACAGGUUGACAAGGCUGCUACCGAUCCGAUUGGAGAACACAUGUAACCUUGCACGGUUGCACCAAAACGUUUCGGUUGUGUUCUGACAGAAGAAUGGCAAUCUGUGCCUAUAUACAACCGGCUUUUUGUGGCCAAUCAACGAAUGGACUUUAACGUU